AUGUGGAGGCUGAGAAUUGGAGCUGAAACUGGAGACAAUACCUACUUGUUCUCAACCAACAAUUAUGCCGGUUGGCAAAUUUGGGAAUUUGAUGAAGAGGCAGGCUCUCCUGAGGAACUCGCUGAGGUCAAUAAGGCUCGAGAUAAUUUCUCUGCCAAUCGUUCUAUUUUCAAGACUAGUGCCGAUCUACUUUGGCGCAUCCAGUUUCUAAGGGAGAAGAAGUUUGAGCAGAAGAUUCCACGAGUGAGAAUAGAAGAUGAAGAGAAGAUAACUUAUGAAGAUGCCAAGACAGCACUGAGAAGAGGGGUACUCUAUUUCGCGGCCUUGCAAUCUGAUAAUGGACAUUGGCUUGCUGAAAAUUCUGGUUCCAUGUUCUUCAACGCCCCUUAUAUCAUAUGCUUGUACAUCACUGGGCAUCUGGAUAAAGUCUUCUCAUUGGAGCAUCGCAAAGAGCUAUUGCGUUACAUGUACAACCAUCAGAGCCCCGAUCAUGAUGGUCAAGAAAGUGUUUGUGCAAGGGCUCGAAAGUGGAUCCUCGACCACGGUGGUGCCACUUAUACGCCCUUGAUUGGAAAGAUUUGGCUGUCGGUUCUUGGUGUGUAUGAUUGGUCUGGUUGCAAACCGAUACCGCCUGAGUUUUGGAUGCUCCCUUCUUCUUCUCCCAUCAAUGGAGGUACUCUUUGGAUUUAUUUCCGGGACAUUUUCAUAGGCGUGUCAUACUUGUAUGGCAAAAAAAGUGUCGCUAGCCCAACACCUCUAAUCAUGCAGCUUCAAGAAGAGAUCUAUCCUCAACCUUACAACAAAAUCGAUUGGGGCCAAGCUCGCCAACGAUGCGCAAAGCCGUUUCAUAUGCUUGCUUGUUGGCUAGAAGACUCAAAGGGUGAUUACUUUAAGAAGCAUCUUGCUCGAAUCCCGGAUUGCAUAUGGAUUGGCGAGGAUGGUCUGAAAAUCCAGUCUUUUGGUAGCCAGUUGUGGGAUACGGCCUUAUCGCUCCAAGUAAUGUUAGCUGCUACUGAUGUUGUUGAUGAUGACAUUAUUAGAUCAACGUUGGUCAAAGGAUACGAUUUCUUGAAGAAAUCUCAGAUUACACAGAAUCCUCCUCGUGACCAUAGGAAAAUGUUCCGAGAGAUUACGAAAGGCGGUUGGACUUUUUCAGACCAAGAUCAAGGAUGGCCUGUUUCUGAUUGUACUGCUGAGAGUUUAGAGUGCUGCCUGAUCUUUGAAAGCAUACCAUCCGAGAUCAUUGGUGAGAAAAUGCAUGUAAAGAGACUCUGUGAUGCUGUCAAUUCAGAAGAAGUUGAGAGGUUUAUAACAAAGGGAGUGAAAUACAUAAAAGGACUUACAAAUGCUGAAUGGUAUGGAAAUUGGGGAGUGUGUUUCAUUUAUGGUACCUUUUUCGCGGUAAGAGGUCUAGUGGCUGCGGGAAAUACUUACCGUAACUGUGAGGCGAUUCGUAGAGCGGUUGGGUUCCUUGUCGAGACACAAAACGUUGAAGGCGGUUGGGGUGAAAGUUAUCUCUCUUGUCCCAACAAGGAAUAUACUCCUUUGGAUGGAAACAGAACCAAUGUGGUGAAUACAGGACAAGCACUCAUGGUACUAAUUAUGGGUGGUCAGAUGGAGAUAGACCCUUUACCGGUGCAUCGUGCUGCAAAAGUUUUGAUAAAUUCGCAAUUGGAUGCAAGAGGAAAUGAGGGGAGUGUUCAAGAUGAAUGUAAUGUAUACAUUAUACACUCUAUAGGGAACACUUUCACUCUCCUGGCACUCGCGUAUUACACAAAGGCUCUGCUUCGACCUCUAUAA